GUUUGACCCUUUUAUAUUAACUUUGGACUAAUCUUUGCCUAAAACCAAAAACAGUGGACCAAUCUUGUCCUGCCUGCUAAACUGUGUGCCUUCAUAUACUAUUUCUUCUCUUCUUUGUUCAUAUGUUUAUUGUUUUUUUGAGCCGUGAGUCUGCACUUCAGGUAUAAAUAUGGAAAACAAUUUCCAUAGCCUUCCAUCUCUUGUUUCAUAGUAGUAAUUGAAUUAUUAUAUAUCAGGUUUUACAAGAGGAUUGAGGGCAUUUUAAGGGAUCCAUUUGCUGUCGUGUUUCAAUAUGGGAAGGGAAAUUGAUAAUGAUGAUGAUGUUGAAUUUGAGAGUUAUCAUCAUCAUCAUCCAAGUUGCAUGGGGGCCAUAUUUGAUUAUCAUCAUUGGUAUAAUGUCAAAAAGAUGUUCCCAUACAGAAAGUACAACUGGGGAAGACAUGUCAAAUGCUGUGCAAAUCCACGAACUGUUUCCAUGGAACGUGAAGUCAUUGAAACCCAAGGAUUGUUACAUGCUGAGGUUGACCACUUCCAAGUUCCACAGCAAACAAGAAAAACAAGUCUAUCCAUCAACAAAAGCUCAAAUAAAGCCUCCACAAAGGGGUUUUCAGCAAGACCAGAAUUACUGCAAAUGUAUUCAACCCAUCAUUUGGAACAUUCAGGUUUCGGUUUUGGUUGGAUUAAUCCAAUUAUUCUCAUCAACAUGAGAACUGACACCUCUGGUAUGAGCUCGACUUCAUCUCCAGCAGAAGGGAAAACGUCUGAUUCACCACGAACUCGAUAUCUGCGGUUUAGGACACUCGAGCAUAAGCAGAAGGAAGUUUGGUCAUUCAGAAAAGGAGAAAAAAAACAAGUUGCUGGUACUCAAUCAUCCCAGGAAUCUGAUUAUCAAAAGCUGAACCGUUUCGUUAUGAAUCGACUCAAGGAUUUUAAGCAGAGAAUGAAGCAGGCCAUCAAGGAAAGCAGAAAGGGUACUAACCACACCAUUCAAGUUUCUAUAAAUGAAGAUGGUACUGAUCUUGAUAUCAACAAUGGUAGACUCGAUAGGAUGAGCAGAACGAAGUUGAUAAACAAGUCAUUAGAUCGAUACACGGAAUCUUUCAAGCAUGGUGCACAUAAUGGACCAAAAUCAAUCAGUAUUGGUGAAGGUAUAGAUAAGUUUGAACUAGUGGAAGCUGUUAUAGAAGCUGAAUUGCAGGAGAGCAUGAGAGAAAUAAAUAACCAUGAUGAUUUUAGUUCAACUUGUUUAUCAAUGGAAACAAAUGAUGAAAACAUUGCUAAACCAUGUGACUUAGCAAUGGAGGAAACCAGUCCUCACCAAGAACAAGAGCGUGUUUGUGAAGACAAUCCAAGCAGAGAACAAGAGGUUGAUCUAUGUUACAAUUACGUUAGAGAUAUUCUGGAGCUAUCAGGUUUACUACAAAAUCAAUACCUCCAUCCAUGGUACUCACCACACCAACCAUUGAACCCUUUGCUGUUCAAGCAACUGGAGACAUUGCUGCACCCUGAACUUAAACAUUGCUCCAUUGAUGACCACCAGCUUGUUUUUGAUCUAGUUAAUGAGGCACUCGUGGUGAUGAGUGAAAAAGCAAGUGUUCAUAAAUUCCCCAAGCCCUUUAACCGUGGCAUUGGUUUAAUGUUUAAAGGAAACGCUGUUCUUCUUCAAGAGGUGUGGAGAUACGUCAGUGGGAACAUGUGGUUUCAACAGGAACAUGAUGGGUCGUUGGAUGAUAUUGUGGGUCUAGAUAUGGAGAAAGAUGCUUGGAUGUUCCUUCAAGGUGAAGAUGACUUUGUGGCACUUGAGCUUCAAGAGUUGGUUUUCGAUGGGCUUUUAGAUGAACUUCUUUGUAACUGAUUGAGGAGAAUAUGAAUUCGAGCUCCUCUUAGUUUCUAAUUUAUGUUUUUGAAGAUCUAAUGAUAACAAUAGGAAUUAUAAUUUUAUAUAUAUAUAUAUAUAUAUAUAGCUUUGUUUAUAGAUACUCUCUGUUAUAUGUAAGCUGUGGCUUGUUGACGAAAUCCAUGUUCAUGAGUAGGACAGAGUGAAAACUCGAAUAUGGACUAUAAUUUGGGGACGUUUGUUGCAAUUAACAAAAGAAAAUACAGGAAAAAGGAGAAGGAAAAAGAUGAGGGUGCCAUAAUUGUCUAGCAAACUAUGUAAUUUAGAUAUAAUAUAAUAAAUUUUUUUGUCCUCCAAUUUUAAAAAAAAAA